AUGGCCACGGGGAGAGUCCUGCUUGGCUUUCUGCUGCUCCUAUCACUACAGCUGGGCAUCAGCCAGAGCCCUGACACUCAGGGGGCUCCUGUGGCAGAGAAAGAGUUCUUGUCUGAGCGGACAAGAGAUGCUGGAGGGACCUGCAGGCCGACACUGGACACUCACCACCCCCAUGCCCGCUUACGCCGAGCCCCAGCCAGCCCCUGCCAACUGUGGAGCCUGACCCUACCCGUGGCGGAGCUGGGCCUGGGCUAUGCCUCCGAGGAGAAGAUCACCUUUCGCUACUGUGCUGGCAGCUGCCCCCGCGGAGCCCGUACCCAGCACGGCCUGACGCUGGCCCGACUGCGGGGCCAGGGCCGAGCCUUUGGUGGGCCCUGCUGCCGGCCUACCCGCUAUGCUGAUGUGGCCUUCAUUGAUGACCAUCACCGCUGGCAGAGGCUGCCCCAGCUCUCAGCAGCUGCCUGCAGCUGUGGGUGA